AUGUUGACCUACAAUCUUGUGACACUUGCCCUGUUGGCGACGGGCGCCACCUCCUCAGCCCUGCACCCUACACGUCGCCAGUUAGGCUUGAGUGACUACAUCCAAUCUGAAUCUUCUAUCGCUCUGCAAGGUGUGCUGGACAAUAUUGGUAGCAAUGGAUCUAAAGUUGUGGGAGCCUCGUCUGGGGUUGUGGUGGCAUCGCCAUCCAAGGCGAACCCUGACUACUUUUACACUUGGACCCGAGAUGCAGCUCUGACCUUGAAGGUCCUCGUUGACAGGUUCAUUGCGGGGGACGGCUCAUUGGAAUCGACCAUCCAGCAGUAUAUCUCUGCCCAGGCCAGAUUGCAGACUGUCUCCACUCCGUCUGGAGAUCUGUCUGAUGGGUCGGGCCUGGGUGAACCCAAGUUUGAGGUCAAUAUUACGGCUUUCACUGGUGACUGGGGUCGUCCCCAACGCGACGGUCCAGCUCUGCGAGCGACCGCUCUUAUUGCCUACGGCAACCAUCUGAUCUCGACUGGGCAAGAAUCUGUCGUCACGUCAAACAUUUGGCCCAUUGUGGAGAAUGAUCUGAAUUACGUCGCACAAUACUGGAACCAGACAGGAUACGAUCUCUGGGAGGAGAUUCAAGGUUCUUCCUUCUUUACCAUUGCCGCACAGCAUCGCGCCUUGGUGGCGGGGAGUACCUUUGCCCAGUCUCUAGGCCAGUCAUGCACUGGGUGUGAUUCUCAAGCUCCUCAAGUCCUGUGCUUUCUUCAGGAUUUUUGGAACGGCACCGCUGCUAUUGCGAACUUAGCGAAUGACGGGCGCUCGGGACUGGAUGCAAACUCCUUGAUCAGCUCUAUCCAAACAUUCGACCCUGAAGCUGCAUGCGAUGACACAACCUUCCAGCCCUGUUCUGCGCGUGCUCUAUCCAAUCAUAAGCUGGUUGUUGACUCUUUCCGCUCUAUUUAUACUGUCAACAGCGGUAAAUCUGCUGGUAGUGCGGUCGCUAUUGGACGCUAUGCGGAAGAUACCUACCAGGGCGGGAAUCCUUGGUAUUUGGCCACUUUGGCCGCUGCUGAGCAGUUGUAUGACGCUCUCUAUCAGUGGAAUAAGCAAGGGUCCCUACUCAUUACUCAGACUAGUCUACCCUUUUUCCAGGCCCUCGUCUCCUCCUCUGCCGUUGGAAAUUACUCCAGCUCCUCGUCCACUUACUCCGCUGUCACUAGCGCUGUCAAGACCUAUGCGGACGAGUUCGUCUCCAUUGUGCAGCAAUAUACGCCCAGCAAUGGAUCUUUGGCUGAACAGUUUACCCGGGCCAGUGGUACCCCGACCUCUGCCGGGGAUCUGACUUGGUCUUAUGCCGCGUUCUUGACUGCCGGAGAUCGCCGAGCUGGUACUGUACCAAGUUCCUGGGGCGCUUCCAGUGCGAACCAGGUUCCUUCGCAUUGUCAAGGAAGCUCCGCAACGGGAAGUUAUGCCACCCCUUCAGUUGGUGCAUGGUAG